AGCAUGGCGGAAGUUCUGAGACGUCAGCGUGUUCGGGUUAAAGGAGAAGCUCUUACUAAAACCGUUGCAAACAGGGAUGAAGGCAAGGGGAUGGCGGCCGAAACGCUGACAGUUUUUUUAAAGCUUUUUGCAGCUGGUUUUUACGGACUGAGUUCGUUUUUCAUCGUUGUUGUUAACAAAAGCGUCUUGACCAAUUAUAGAUUCCCAUCGUCAAUAUGUGUUGGGCUCGGUCAGAUGUUGGCAACAGUGGUUGUGCUGUGGGUGGGAAAGGCACUCAGGGUAAUCAACUUCCCAGAUAUGGAUAAAAAUAUACCUCGCAAGACUUUUCCUCUACCUCUUCUUUAUGUAGGGAAUCAAAUAACAGGACUGUUUGGAACAAAAAGGCUAAACUUGCCCAUGUUCACAGUUCUGAGGAGGUUCUCUAUUUUAUUUACAAUGCUAGCAGAGGGAUUCUUAUUAAAAAAAAAAUUCUCUCGUCCUGUCCAGCUUACAGUGUUUGCUAUGAUACUAGGAGCAUUUGUUGCGGCCAGCACUGAUCUUUCUUUCGACCUCCAAGGGUAUGUGUUUAUUCUGCUUAAUGAUGUCUUGACUGCAGCAAAUGGGGCAUAUGUGAAGCAAAAAUUAGACUCCAAGGAGUUGGGGAAAUAUGGACUACUGUAUUACAAUGCAUUAUUUAUGAUUGUUCCAACCUUGCUGUUUGCACAUUUCACUGGGGAUAUAGAAAAGGCGGUGCAGUAUGAUGGGUGGUCAGAUAUGCUCUUCGUUUUUCAGUUUGUCCUCUCCUGUGUUAUGGGGUUUAUUCUGAUGUAUUCUACUGUGCUUUGUACACAGUACAAUUCAGCACUUACUACUACUAUAGUUGGCUGUAUAAAGAAUAUUUUAGUAACCUAUAUUGGGAUGGUUUUUGGUGGAGACUACAUUUUCUCUUGGACAAACUUCAUUGGUUUAAAUAUCAGUAUUGCUGGGAGCCUGGUUUAUUCAUAUAUCACGUUUACAGAAGAACAAUCAAGUAAGCAAAGUGAGAGCAUCAACAAACUGGAAAUCAAAGGGAAAAUAGCUGUAUGAUGGAAAAUUAACCAGUUAUCAGUUUUCUUUGAUUGAAUUAAUUUGUUUAUUUUUGUUUUUAGAAUUGUAGCCACAUUGGCAAAAACAAAACCAAAUCGUAUUUUGCAGCUGAAACGGUGUAGUUCAUAACACAUGGACUUCAUAACUCCAGGCUUUGUUUGUGUUAGGUGGUGUUAAAAGACUACACCUUGAUAUCAAAGUGAUAGUGUGUAUCACUUUUAAUUCAUCCUGUACAUAAUGUCUCAAACAACGUCUAACGUCUCCAGCAAAAAGGAUUGUUUCUGAAAUCAGCCUGUAUGGCUAAUAAUUCAGUUGGUGUUAUAGGUUUUCUGUUUCCUAUUGUUGCCCUUUUAUUUCACAAUUCAAUAAUUGCCAUUAUUGAAGUCACAUUUUAAAUAUGCAAGAAAGUUUUUAAUUUAGUCAUUUUUAAAUUUGCUCUGUUCGAACUGUGAACAGAUUUUAUCCCAAAAAUCAAAAGCAGGCAUUCUGUCCUAUUGGUUAAUUCUCUCAUUUAUGUGUAUUCUCCUGGGAUCACUUCAUAUCUUCCAAAGUCCAUGGUGCACGUUUUAUAAAAUACUAAAUCAUUACCACCUUUUCAGCUGUUACCACAUUGCAUAUUGUUGUUCACAUCACAAUUUUAAUUUAGAAUUCUUUUUAACUAUAAUAAUUUUUUUGUGCAUAAACUAACCAUUUUUUUAUGGAGACCUUUUAAUUCUGAAAAAUGGAGUCUCACAACUGCAUUGCCAUCUGUUUAAUGUUGGAAUAACACUUCUCACAUAGAAGAUGUCUGCCAUAAUCUAUUCCAUCCCAAGCACGCUUCACUCCUCUGCAUUGUGGGAUUAGGCUGGGGAUCUAUAAUUCAGUGAAUUGUUCUUUUGGAAUUUCCUCAAUUUGUGAAUCAGUGCUUUCAUGGAUGUGAAAAUAUAUGAAAUCUAGGGAUAUUGGUAAGUUCCAUCUAAAUUGUCACAUAAAUCUGUGUAUUCUAGUGCAAAACAUUGAAGCAAGAAGUGAGACAGACUGUAUGAUUGUGGUAUAAUGUGGUGUGCAAUUAAAUGUACUCAUUUAAAAAUAGAAAUAAGUACGAUCUGCAAAUGCACUUUAAAAUGUUUUCAAAUUAGUUGAUAGGCAUGGCGAGGUGAAAAUGUGCUGCUUUCAAAUUUUUAUGUUUUAUUCCAACAGAAUUACCAUAAUGAAGAGUGGUACAUGGUGACUGAUAUCAGCUGAAAACAUUUCUUUUAAAGAUUGUUUCAAAAGUAUUGUGUUUGAAUAUUUAAACACUCUUAGAGGUACAGCAGUUGCUUUUAGCAGGAAUACCUUGUGAUAAAAAGUUGUCGUAAGGGACAACUUGCCAUUAAUUACAAGUCAUGACAUUGCUACAAAUUUGAGUGGAUUCACAGUGUUAUUUUUUGCCAUUAACAUUAGCUAUACUGUAAGCAAAAUUUCAGUUUUUUUGUCAAAGUGGAAAAACUGCCAUUUCUUUUCCGUGAUAUUUUCCUUUUUUUUUUGCAAUCGGCACCUUAAAAGUACUUGUUGGAAUGGAAGUCCUCUGUUAAUUUCAUUUUGUUUUUUGUUUAACAUCUUCAGGUCAUCUUAACAUAUAUCCAGAUAUCCUGUUAGUCUGGAUAAAAUACACUGAUCUUUUAACAACAUUUCUGAGAGAAAUCAAAUUCUAUAUUGAUUGUCCAUGAUAGUAUUAGCAUUGAAGGGAUUUUUUUCUAUUAAAAUGAGCCACUCAAGUGAGAUGACAGGACUAGGUCCUAUAACCAAGUUAUGGCAGAAUUGAUAAGGGCAUUAUUAUUGUAAUUUAAAAAAUGUCAAACUUAUAUUUCCCUUUUAAGUGCCAUAGCAUUUUUUAUAGGUUUAAACAGUCACAUUGGUUACAUAUUUUCUAAAAUAAGGAACUUACUUUAAGCUUAAAGAACACAAAUUCAGUGGUAAAGCUAUACUGUAUAAUGUAAUAUUUGUAAGAUCUCUAAAUGAACAUUUAAACAAAUUACACCUCAAGUGUACAUAAAAAACUUUUGUAUUCCCUUUAAAGGUGGAAUAUGUUGUUGAUUGAGCUGCCAAUUAUGUAUAAUAUGAUCACAAUAUUUAUUCACUCCCCGCCCCUCCCCCUCAGUGUUCAUGUUGAAGUACUAACUGUUGAAGUAUGUAACUAUUGCAUGUAAAACUGUUGCAAAUUUCUAACAUGGUUUAUGUAAUUUAAAUAAUUGUUCAAAGUACCAAACAAGUUCAAUUAAGCCAUUUGAGGAGUGGAAAGGUGAAUUUGUCUUCUUUCUGUUUAGUAAAGGUGAGGUCAGCUUGUUUAAAAUGUUUGUGUCUGAUCUCAGUGCAUAACCAGAUGCAAAUAAAUGAUGAAGUGCCUGUUCUGUUUCAGAACAGUUGAUCCACUACCUUUAGAUGGGCAGUUUAUUCUGAAUAGGAAUUGCAUAUUUUAGAAACCCAGGUGGAUUCAUGGUGUUAUUUUAAACACUAAUGCCUUGUAAAUACAGUACAUUUUCAUGAGUCUCAUGAAUACAUUUCUUAAUGUAAGUAUUCAAAGCAAAGAUUACAGUUCUACUGUAAACUAGGAACUGCAGUUUGAACAGUUGACCUGAUGAACUGUUGAGUAUUAUGGUUGUUUAUAACUUUUCUAUAAUCUUUUUAUAUUCAACAAAAAUAGAUAUCUGUGUAAUUGUAAACUUUAUAAAGAAUGUAAUAGAUUGUGUAUUUUUCAUUAUUAUAGCGGUUUUGAAGUACAUAGAGUACUAGUACUAGUUUAGUGCAGGUCUAAAAAUGUUAUGUUCCAUCAUCACAUCAGUGUUCUAUUGUCAGACUGGUAUCACAAGUUACAGAAUUCAAUGGUGAAUGCUGUUCCCGUUUUCAAAACAUACUUUAUAAAGACUGCUGUUCCAUGUAACUUGAGCUACCAACCCCAAUUCACAUGUAAACAUAGUACAUUGUUUUAUCUGCUGUUCAGCAUCUCAUCUGUUGAUUUAUCCUAAUGUUUUAAGGCAGCUUGGAAUGUUCUUUGUGUGAAAUCCAAGUUUUCAAUGUAUUAUUUCAUCUAUUAAUGGUUGUGACAACUUAUAAAGAGAGAAGUAAUGUGAUUAAAUUUUUGACACGAUUGUCACAGUAGUUUUAACCUUAAAGCCAUUGUUUUACAUUUUUCAAGAUGUGUAAAAAAGCAGCAACUCUUCUAUUUAAAGCACAAGUUAAGAGUGGUACUUCUGUGAGACUUGUUUUCCUUUGUAUACAUAUUGAAUGUAUUUACAGAGCUAUGUAUACUGUGGUGCAUACUAGUAUGUAGUGUACAGUAUUGUUCUAGAAAUAGAGGAAAGCCUGUACCAUAUUCUGAAAAUGUUAUUUUUAAAACAUCUUUGGUGUGAAGCUGUGAAAUAAAAUGUUUUUUCAACUUCAA